UUUGCUGUCCAUACGUGGUUCGAGAGGAUCAGUAUCAUGGUGAUUCUGCUCAACUGUGUCACCCUGGGGAUGUACCAGCCCUGUGAGAACAUCGACUGCACUUCAGACCGCUGCCAGAUACUACAGGCGUUCGAUGCGUUCAUCUACAUCUUCUUUGCGUUGGAGAUGGUGGUGAAGAUGGUGGCGCUGGGAAUCUUCGGGAGACGCUGUUACCUUGGCGACACCUGGAACAGACUAGACUUCUUCAUCGUCAUGUCUGGGAUGGUGGAGUACUCGUUGGACCUGCAGAACAUCAACCUCUCAGCCAUUAGGACAGUCAGGGUCCUCAGACCCCUCAAAGCCAUCAACAGAGUACCCAGUAUGCGUAUCCUGGUGAAUCUCCUCCUGGACACACUGCCCAUGCUGGGAAACGUCCUCCUGCUUUGUUUCUUCGUCUUCUUCAUCUUCGGCAUCAUCGGAGUGCAGCUGUGGGCGGGAUUACUAAGGAACCGAUGCUACCUCGAGGAAAACUUCACCCUUUCGUCAGGUCUGACCCUACCCGCCCCUUACUACCAGCCGGAGGAGGAUGACGAGCGCCCCUUCAUCUGCUCUCUGGCCCAGGAUAACGGGAUCAUGUCGUGUGGUGACGUCCCGGCCCGGAGGGAGGGGGGAAGGACCUGCUGUCUGGACAGGGAGGAUGCCUACCACCGCCAGUCCCUGGGGCUCAUCCCUGAACCACUAGUCAACAGUUCAGCCAGUGCAGUGGGUCUCUGUAUCAACUGGAACCAGUACUAUACUAGAUGCCAUACUGGACAUAAUAAUCCACACAAGGGGGCGAUCAACUUCGAUAACAUCGUAUACGCCUGGAUUGUUAUCUUCCAGGUGAUCACCCUGGAAGGCUGGGUAGAGAUCAUGUACUAUGUAAUGGAUGCUCACUCCUUCUACAACUUCAUCUACUUCAUCUUCCUCAUCAUCAUUGGCUCGUUCUUCAUGAUCAACCUCUGUCUGGUGGUCAUCGCCACCCAGUUCAGUGAGACCAAGCAGCGGGAGCACCAGCUGAUGCAGGAGCAGCGGGCCCAGUGCCUGUCAUCCUCUACCCUGGCCAGCCUCCAUGAACCGGGGGACUGCUACGAAGAGCUCUUCCAGCUGGUCUGCCACAUGCUGCGCAAGGCCCGCAGGAGGUCUGUAGCCCUGUAUAACCAACUGAGAGGAAGGCCUCUGCCACCACCGCCCACUAGAGGGAGAGGAAGAGGAGGAGGAAGAGGAGGAGGGAGUGCGAACGGAGGGGAAAGGCAUCACCUGAGGCAGCCACGCCAAUCUCCCUGUCCUCACCAAAGCAAGCUGGACCCGGUCCACAGCUCCCAACCCCUGGGCAACUCCAUCGCCCUGGCCGUCCCUCAAAACACAGAGGACUGCCCUCAGUGCGCUGCGGCACUGUCACUCAGGGAGGGGGCGGGAGCUGUGGGCGACUCGGCCAAUGGGGAAGAGGAGGAGGGGGCUGUGGAGGAGACGGACAGGGAGGAGAACCACUUGGAGGAGAAAGUGGAAGAGGGGGAGGGAGUGAAGAAGAAGAGGAAGAGGAGGUCGUGUUUUGGACACUGUAAGGACAUGUGGGAUGAGAUGAGGAAGAAACUUUGGGGCAUCGUGGAGAGCAAAUACUUCAAUAGAGGAAUCAUGAUCGCUAUUCUCAUCAAUACUAUCAGCAUGGGGAUAGAACAUCACAACCAGCCGGAGGAGCUGACUAACGUGUUGGAGAUCAGUAACAUUGUGUUCACCAGUAUGUUCACCCUGGAAAUGAUCCUCAAGCUGACCGCCUUUGGCUUCUUCGCCUACCUGAGGAACCCCUACAACAUCUUCGACGGCAUCAUCGUCAUCAUCAGUGUGUGUGAGAUCAUAGGUCAGUCUGAUGGAGGUCUGUCUGUCCUGAGGACCUUCAGACUGUUGAGGGUGAUCAAGCUGGUGCGCUUCAUGCCAGCGCUACGCAGACAGCUGGUGGUGCUGAUGAAGACCAUGGACAACGUGGCCACCUUCUGCAUGCUCCUCAUGCUUUUCAUAUUCAUCUUCAGUAUCCUGGGGAUGCACAUCUUUGGCUGUAAGUUCAGUCUGAAGACAGACACUGGAGACACUGUUCCUGACAGGAAGAACUUUGACUCUCUACUGUGGGCCAUUGUCACUGUGUUUCAGAUUCUGACUCAGGAAGACUGGAACAUGGUGCUGUAUAAUGGAAUGGCCUCCACCUCUCCCUGUGCUGCUCUCUACUUUGUGGCUCUAAUGACCUUUGGCAACUACGUCCUCUUCAACCUGCUGGUGGCCAUCUUGGUAGAGGGCUUUCAGGCUGAGGGGGAUGCCAACCGGUCGUACUCCGAAGACGACAGGUCCUCAUGUAACUUUGACGAGAACUCUGACAAGCUGAAGGACUCUCUUCAUCUCUCUGACCCUAAGAUCUGCACGCUAACCCCCAACGGUCACCUGGACCUGUCCCCAACGCCCACGGGUCUGUACACGGCCGACAGACUCACUUUCGCUCUGGGCUCACGCAAAAACAGUGUCAUCUCUCUGGGCAGGGCUAACCUGGAGGGCAGGGCUAACCUGGAGGGCAGGGCUCUGUGUCGGGGGAGCAGCUCCCUGUACCACAACUGGGGCCGCCCUGCCUCCCAGACCCAGGCAAUGUGGGGCCGGCGGUCCAGCUGGAAUAGCCUGGGUCGCCCCUCUCGAGCCUCGGGCCUGGGGUUGGGGGUAGGAGGAGGGGGUAGCCUGCGCUCCCGCAGCCCCCACGCCACCCACCCGGCCGAGCAGGAGUCCCUCCUCUCCCCCCCUCACCCUCCUCCACACCUCGCCCACCCUCCUCCCCUCCUGGCCCUAAACUUUGUCCCGCGGCGGGACCGCCGGGCGCUGUCCUUGGAGCUGCCGGAGCUCCUCCAGGUCCCGGGGACCCCCCUGGCGUCAAUGCUGCCUUACCCCAGGAAGAAGAGCUUCUCCAGUGGGUUGGUUGGUGGAGGGGCUGGGGGGGAGCACCAGGACUGCAAUGGGAAGGCCCCAUCAGCCCAGCUCCAGCUUCAACUUCAGCUACCGCCACAUCCACAUCCACAGCUACUGACAGAGGUGUUCCCUCAGGUCAACACACGCAAGGACAGAGAGGACCUGGACGAUGACAUUGACUAUAGUCUGUGUUUCCGUAUCCAGAAGAUGAUGGAGGUGUACAGGCCAGAGUGGUGUGAGACCAGAGAGGACUGGUCUGUCUUCCUCUUCUCUCCUCAGAACAGGUUCAGGCGGGUAUGCCAGUCCAUCAUAGCCUACAAGAUGUUUGACUAUGUGGUGCUAGCGUUCAUCUUCUCCAACUGCAUCACCGUGGCUCUGGAGAGACCCAAGAUCAUGCAGGGCAGCCUGGAAAGAGUCUUCCUAACCAUCUCCAACUACGUCUUCACAGCCAUCUUUGUAGCAGAGAUGACGCUCAAGGUGGUGUCUAUGGGCCUGUAUAUAGGGGAACAGACAUAUCUGAAAAGCAGCUGGAACGUGUUGGACGGCUUCCUGGUCUUUGUGUCGUUGAUUGACAUUGUGGUGUCAAUGGCGGGCGGGGCUAAGAUUCUGGGGGUGCUGAGAGUUCUCAGAUUGCUCCGCACACUGCGCCCCCUCAGGGUGAUCAGUCGAGCCCCAGGUCUGAAGCUGGUAGUGGAGACUCUAAUAACGUCUCUGAAACCUAUAGGAAACAUUGUCCUUAUCUGCUGUGCUUUCUUCAUCAUAUUUGGUAUCCUGGGGGUGCAGCUGUUCAAAGGGAAGUUCUUCUACUGCUUUGGCCCCGACGUCAAGAACAUCACCAACAAGUCUGACUGUCUGCAGGCCAACUACAAAUGGGUUCAUCACAAGUACAACUUUGACAACCUGGGACAGGCUCUGAUGUCCCUGUUUGUGCUGGCUUCAAAGGACGGUUGGGUCAACAUCAUGUACCAUGGCCUGGAUGCUGUAGGGGUGGACCAACAGCCAGUGAUCAACAACAGUCCAUGGAUGCUCCUCUACUUCAUCUCAUUCCUCCUCAUCGUCAGUUUCUUCGUUCUGAACAUGUUUGUGGGCGUGGUAGUGGAGAACUUCCACAAGUGCCUCAGAACCAGGAAGUGGAAGAGGCUAAAAGGAGAGACUAUAAACGACGGAUACUUGGAGAAGAAGAGGAGGGAUCCCCUACUAUGCCAGCUACAGCUCCUCCGCCUGUGGAUCCACACUCUGUGUACCACCUACUACCUGGACCUCUUCAUCACCUUCAUCAUCUGUAUCAACGUCAUCACCAUGUCACUGGAACACUACAGCCAGCCACGAUCUCUGGAUCUAGUGUUGAAGUACUGUAACUAUUUCUUCACGUCCACCUUUGUACUGGAGACCCUCCUGAAGCUCACCGCCUUUGGCUUCCGACGCUUCUUUAAAGACAGGUGGAAUCAGUUGGAUCUGGCCAUCGUGUUGCUGUCAGUGAUGGGCAUCACUCUGGAGGAGAUCGACUACAGCGCUUCUCUCCCCAUCAACCCUACCAUCAUACGCAUCAUGAGGGUGUUGAGGAUCGCACGAGUUCUGAAGCUGCUGAAGAUGGCUAAAGGAAUGAGAGCUCUGCUGGAUACGGUGGUCCAAGCCCUACCACAGGUGGGGAACCUGGGCCUGCUCUUCAUGCUCCUGUUCUUCAUCUAUGCAGCACUGGGGGUUGAGCUGUUUGGAGAACUGGUGUGUAACGAGGACUACCCAUGCGAGGGGAUGAGCCGCCAUGCUACCUUUGAGAACUUUGGCAUGGCCUUCCUCACUCUGUUCCAGGUCUCCACUGGGGACAACUGGAAUGGGAUCAUGAAGGACACGUUGAGGGAGUGCCCUCUGGACUACGGGCCUGACUACUCCUGCAACCCCAGCCUGCAGUUCAUCUCUCCCAUGUACUUUGUGUCCUUUGUGUUGACGGCCCAGUUCGUCCUGAUUAACGUGGUGGUGGCGGUGUUGAUGAAGCACCUGGACGACUCCAACAAGGAGGCCAAGGAGGAGGCGGAGAUGGACGCUGAGAUUGAGCUGGAGCUGGCCACGGGGGCUCUAUGCUGCAUGGGGCCGGAGGGAGUCUGUGCAGGAGGGAAAAAAGGUGGAGGAGCAGGGGGAGGUGGGGGGGGAGGUGGGGGAGUUGGAGGAGGAGUGGAUAGAGGGAUGGGAGUCCCAGGCAGUUCCUCCGGGGGGAAUAUGCAUCAUCACGUGGCAACGACGCAUCCAGGAACACUGCAAGAUCCGAACAAUCGUGAUCCCUACUCUCCUGCACAGGAGAGUCAGUGGCUGGACAGUGUGUCUCUGCUGAUUAAGGACUCAUUGGAAGGAGAGAUGCUGAUGAUUGACAACCUCUCUGGAUCUGUCUUCCAUCACUACUCUUCUACCUCUUCUCCUGUCUGGAAGGACUGUAAGAGCCACCCACAACUAGAGCAGAUCCGGCUGGCAGAGAUAGAGCAGGCAUCUCUGAGGUCAGACCAAAUGUCAGACAAGUCGUCGUCUCCGGCCCUACCUGAUGACCUCAGCCUGGACGACCAGAGUGUCCACCAGCUGCUGGUGCGGGAGGGAAAGGAGGAGAGGGGCAGUGACUCCCAGGGCUCAGAGGAGGCUGGCGGAGGAGGGGACUCCUUGACCCAGGCCCAGACAGGGGGGUCGAGGCACUGCAGGGCCCACAGUUCAGUAGCCGAGGAGGGGGCUCCACUCCUGGUGGAGGUGGGGGUCCAUCAGAGACACAAGACCCCAUCCCACCACAGCCCUGGUGGCACCUCCUGCAGUAGCACUAAGGCAGGAGAAGGAUCAGAUGAGGGAGGAAGAGGAGGAGGAAGAGUAGGAGCGGCCAGUGCCUCUGGUUCUCCUGCUCUUAUCCGUCUGCCAGCGGAGUUCUUCCACCCCGUGGCAGCAGCGGCCCUGCCGGCGCCCCCCAGGGCCAGAGUAGGGCGCCCCUCACGGGGCCUCAGACUCACCUCCCCGGCCUCCUGGUCCUCCCUGCGCUCCCAAGGAGCCAACAGCCGGGUGCUCUGCACGCAGUACCCGUCCCAUAGUGACUCGUCUCUGGCCAAGGGGAGCUCCGAUGGCAGCCUCCAGACCACCCUAGAGGAAGGACUCAGCUUCAGUGUUUCGCCCCCUCAAGACCUGGUGUCCCCCCUCCCUCCUCUCCCCCUGCUCUGCCCCCCGCUCCCUGAGGACCCCACCAGCUGCCCCCCAGGCCAGACUCUGAGACCGCGGCCCAGCCCCUCGUCAGACCCUGCUCUCACCCUCCAGGCCACUCGGGGCCACCAGCGGAGCCAGAGCAGCGGCAGGGGUAGCAUCAGCCCCGGCUACACCCGGGAAGACUCCAUGGACCCCGUUCCAUGUGACCUGGAGGACCUGGGCAUCGGGAUCAGUUUGUCUAUCGGGGGGUGUGGCUCCAGCCAGGCGGGCAACAGCGAACACUUGUCGGAGACGCUAAGCAGUCUGUCGCUCACAUCGUUGCUCUCGCCCGCCUCCCUGGCACCCUCGGGGGUGAAGAAAUGCAACAGCACUGGGAGCUUGAAUCAGGGGGCGAGGAGGGGGGAGGGGAGACAGAUCCUAGGGUUGGAGUUGGACCACCAGGGCUUCCUGGCCAACCCUUGGGGAGAGAGUGGGGGAGGCAGAGGAGAGGAGGGACAGUUGGGAGAGGCGCCGGACCUCAAGGGGAAAAGCUCAAGCCAAACAACAGUAGGGUCCUGUAGUAAAAACAGAUGAAGCCUGAAUCCCUUGUUGUCUACUACCGCUCCUAUUAGGAUUCAUCAACCCCUUACUGUUCCUCUCCGUCCCCCUCAGGCAGAGAGAAGUUUGACGUUUUUGACAACGUGUGAUGUAAUCCCGUGAAUUCCUAUAACCAAACCCCUCCCUCUCGCUCUAUAAAUAUUUGUUUAUGACCCCCUGUCCCAUUUUGUGCUACCCUGUGGCAGUGGUUCAGGUGUGGAGGGUCAGAGGUCAAACGGUGGAAGGUUAAAGGGGAUUACAGGUGUGACCCCUGUGGUGGGGGCUGGGAUGGACCCCCCAUCAUACCCCUGUGGAGGAGAAGGACCCCCAGAGGAGGAGACAGACCAGGAGGGCUGCAUCAUCAUAUCAGGGAGAUAUACAUAGAAGACGUAGCCAGAGACAAGCUGAGACAGAGAUCUAACAAGAACAUUUUGUCUGAACUGUUUGUUUUCAUUUUUUGUUCGGCUUCACAGAAGUUUAAAAUGCAAAAAUAGAAUAUCUAACAAAACUGAGCUGAUCAAGCCAACAGAUUUGAUUUAUUUUUCAGUGUGGCUGUAAAUCACAGUGUAGGAGGAGGCUGUAUGUACGUUGCAGUGUAGGAUGAGCCUGAAUGUACGUCACGGUGUAGGAGGGCUGAAGCCAGAUCUGUUGUGGUAGACGGAGGCUACAGGUCCUUGUGUGUGGAGUGGAAGAGGGGUGAGGAGGUCUAGGUUGAGCAGAGGUAGUGUAGAGGUCACCUGAGAAGGAGUUGUUAUAGUGGAAGAGCUGAGACUUAGGUAGCAAAAGCAUGCGUUAACUUAUCAUCACCAUCACCUAACCCCUUCCCUCCAUCGGUACUUUUCAGGAAGGAGUGUGUGUGUGUGUGUGUGUGUGUGUGUGUGUGUGUGUGUGUGUGUGUGUGUGUGUGUGUGUGUGUGUGUGUGUGUGUGUGUGUGUGUGUGUGUCUAUGUGAUAGUACAACAGGAAAAAGAGAGACAGAGAGAUAGAGACCAUACUAAGAUCCCACUCAUGCAUGCAACAGUUUGUGAAAUAGGCUCUUUUAUCCCAACGUCACUCACUCAGAGAGAAGGACAGGGAGUGAAUGAGAGAGACAGGACAGCCUGCUAUAUUCACUCACAGUAGCAAAUUCUCUCUGUCAAAGACACUGACCCUCCUGAGACAAACAACCUGAGGAGACGAGACAAGCACCAUUCCCUCUGGGAGAUAAAAACUCACACCUGCAUACAGUUGCUUCACAAUGGAAGCUGUGUGAAAUUCAAACCUGUCACUUCUUUCUCUUUGUCACUUUGCCAAAGGAAGAAAGGAAGAAUAUAUCAGAGAUAUGAAUUCCAGACCAAUAGAACCUCCUAGAAGAUGGAGGCAGUUUGCCUGCAUGAUGGAAUUAUUGCAUUUUACCCAAGAGUUUUAAUAUAUAUACCGAAGUGUAUCAAGAUGUCAAUGUUGGGAUGAUAAUUAUAAAGUGGUUUCUAUUCCAAUAUUUUUUUAGAAUACAGAAUAGGAGCGUGACAGUGUUGUCAUGACUUUGUCCUUAACCUAUACCUUACCCGUACGAUUUCUCGUAUAACUUAUUGUCGAAAACCAUUUGUCUGCAAGUGGCUUUCAGUUUUAUAAUGUGGGGUUAAAAAUAUAUACUUUUUAUUAUUAAAAGUGUGUGGAGAGAACAACCAAGCAAAAAAAUGUAAAUAAGCUCUGUGUGCUGAAGAAAAAGUUCCCUUGGGGACACGUAACUUUGGGAAUUUCGGUUCCUCCUGGAAAUUUGGAUUUUGGAAUCCCAAAUGAAGACCAAAGGAGGGAAGGGCCAUAAUUUCGCAGCACAGGAGAACAUUUCCUAAUCACAAACAUUCCCGGGACGAACAGGGAACGUUGUCGCUUAGCUUAGCCUCCUAUGCUAACACCAAGAUGAAAAAACAUUGCUGAUCUUUUUGAAAGCUUUAAUUUGAGUGUCAUACCAAUACAUGAUGACACAUCUAAUUAUUGACACAUCAAUGUUCCUUAGCAUGGUUAUGGGAUUGCAAUAGGAUGCUUCUCCUUGUUUAAAAGAUACGCAAUUCACUCACCCCCUCUAUCUCUCUCUCUAACACACAUCUGUAGUAGCAAACCCUAGUUUUGAUAUCAAGCUGUCACUGUAACGAUGAAUAAACAUUGCAUCUUUUCCCAACCUUUUGGUAUGCCACUCAGUACAUCUGAGAUGAAGUGGCCAUCUUAGCCUGACCUAGAAUACACUUUUGUAUCCCUGGUGGGUUUUUGGGGGGUUCUCAUUGAGGUGAUGAGCAAAGUUUGGUUUGACCUGUUUAAUGAACUUCAUUGACAUUUAAUUGAAUCACUGGUGAUUGUCUUUAACAUGUUUGUAACAUGUGGGAUAUCAGUGAGUGAUUAUUGCUAUGGGUUGUCUGUUACUAUAACUUCAGGAGAUGCCACUUUAUUAUUAUAGUCCACACCUGGACCGUCUUGGUUAAUGGUGGUGGGAAUAGGUAGAAGUUGCCCCAAACCACUGAUACAAGGUCAGAUAUUAGUUCAUCCCCUUAAUCUUUAAGGUUAGAAUAAAGGGUUGGGUAAUCUGAUUCUAGAUCUGUGGUUAGGGGCGACCUCAACCUCCAGGUGUAAAACAUGAGUGUGUGGGUUGACAGGAACCAUAACGUGACCUUGAAGGGCUGUUUUAGCUUCAAAGAUGUUCUCAUAAAUGACCAGAUAAAUCUCUAAGUCAAUGAAUAUGGCAUCAAAGGUAAGCCCAACGGCACAGCAAUAAAUGUUCUUAUGUGUUUGCCCUGA